GCCCCGCCCCCCGGCGGUGAGGGGAUGUUCUGCGGCGGCGGGGGCCGCGCGGGGUCCCGAUGGUGUGAGGUGGCUCGCGGAGCCGCUAUGAACGGGACGGCCCCUCAGCUCUUCGAUCCCAAGGAGCGUGUGCUGAAGCUGGGCGAGAGUUUCGAGAAGCAGCCGCGCUGCGCCUUCCACACCGUCCGCUAUGACUUCAAACCUGCAUCUAUUGAUACAUCCUCUGAAGGAGACCUUGAAGUUGGCAAAGGUGAACAGGUGACAAUAACGCUGCCGAACAUUGAGGGUUCAACUCCACCAGUAACAGUUUUCAAGGGCUCCAAGAAGCCUUAUCUAAAGGAAUGUAUCUUAAUUAUCAAUCAUGACACUGGAGAAUGUCGACUAGAGAAACUGAGCAGUAACAUCACUGUGAAGAAAACCAGAGCUGAAGGAAGCAGUAAGGUUCAAUCUCGUAUUGAGCAGCAACAGCAGCAAAUGCGAAAUGCCAGUAAGACUCCAAACAAUGUUAAAAAUUCUUCACCAAAAGAAAAGAUGUCUCCAUCUUCUCCUAUGGACGACAUUGAGAGAGAGCUAAAGGCCGAGGCCAGUGUCAUGGACCAGAUGAGUAGCUCUGGUAGUUCGUCCGAAUCAAGAAGUUCUUCAUCCUCCUCAUCCAGCAGUGAAAAUAGUUCUAGUGAUUCAGAAGAUGAGGGGGCUAAGCCUUCUCUGCCUAUGUCAAUGCCGUACUUGCAGCCACAGCCUGCUGUGUCUGCCAUACCACAACAGGCUAUCCGUGACAUGGAUGCCAGUCAUAACAAAUCUCAAGAGAGUGGUGGCCAUAUGAUAAAUACACUAAGAAAUGACUUGCUGCUGAGUGAAUCUGGAAGUGACAGUGAUGACUGAACAAGAUUUUGGCCUUAAUAAAGCUGCAUCACCUCUC